AUGUCUUUCAUUAUUAUUCUAACUCAGACUUCAUAUAAAACCCUGACUUUUGUUCUUAAAAUCUCUCUCUCUCUCUCAUUCGCCCUGAGCCUAUCUUUCUGUCUCUUUCAUCUGAUAUGUCACACUCUUUUGCCUUCUCUCUUUGUCUUUCGCUCUGUAUCUCUCUUUCUCUUUCACCUUACAAGAGAAAGUGAGAGACACGGGGAAAAAGAAUGUAUAUCGCUUUCGCCUUAUCUCUUUCUUUUGCCGAGUCUCUCUCUUUUUUCUUUCUUGUCUCUUUCUUUUGCCUUCUUUCUUUUUCUUUCGUCGAAUCGCUCCCUUUCACCGUCCCUAUUUUUCUCUCAUCCUAUAUCUUCCGAUCUUUUGCCAUCUCUCUCCAUUUCGCCUUCUUUCUUCAUCUUUUGCCGAAUGCCUCUCUCUUUCGCCAUAUUCCCAUCUCUCUCUCUCUCGCCUCCACUUUCACGAUGUCUCUUUACCUCUCAUUUUCUCCCAUCUGUCUCUACCCCUCCCUUUCUGUCUCUACCCAUCUCUUUCAGUUUCUGCUCUUCCAUCGUGUUACCUUGCCUUCCUCUCUUUCUCUCUCUGUAUAAUUUUUUCGCUGGAUCCUUGUUAUUCUUUUUAUUGUUUUGUCUCUGGUUCCAUAUCUCUUUCCUCAUGAUCUUUUUCCCGCUCUUUUAUUCUCUUUCACAAUCUAUCUAUCUAUCUAUCUAUCUAUCUAUCUAUCUAUCUAUCUAUCUAUCUAUCUAUCUAUCUAUUUGA